ACAACGUAAAACAAAACGUAAUAUUGACAAGUACGAUGUUUUCGCGCCUUCCUUCAUUUUCAUCAUUGUUAUCGUCAUAUCGCAUUCUGUUCUGUUGACUGCGAGCGAAAGUAUUAUUGUGUAGAAAGAUCUAGACAAAGUUCUAUGCUAGGACUUUGAGUUGGUGUAUGUUGUCGGUGUAUUCUGUGUAAAAAAUGAUAAAGGCAAAAUCAUGAACGAUAUUCAGCGCUUGAUUGACCGUCAGCUCGGCAUUUUCUGCCGACCUGGGUACGACAAUGUCUUGAAAAGGCUGGUAGUGCGCGAAGCGGACUCAUUCCACGGUCUGGCGGCGCCGGGGGCGGAUGAUCCCCCAAUAUUCGCGUGCCGGUUCGCGGAGGCCCGCGGGCUCGAGCACAUCCUCGCCCUCGCCAACGAAGACGGUCGCGUCGCGAUACAGAAUAUUUCUAAAUCAGGCAGUGAGAGUACAUUGGAAGGGUUCCAGUGUCAUAAUAAUGCUGUGUUUGACCUGGCGUGGAUGCCGGGACACAUGAACUUUGUCACUGUUUCUGGAGACCACACGGCGUGCCUAUGGGACGUGGCUGAGGGCGCCCCGAAGCGCGUGCUGGUGUUCUCCAACCACACGCGGUCCGUGAAGUGCGCGGUGUUCCGUCCUUACGAGCCGUGCGUGUUCGCCACGGGCGCGCGCGACGGGCACGUGCUGGUGUGGGACGUGCGGGCCGCGGCCGCGCCCGCGCUGGUGCUGCGGCCCGACAGCCAGCAGGGCCCGGGCCCCGCCGCGCUGGUGCUGCGGCCCGACAACCAGCUGAGCCGCUGCCACGCCGCGCCGCGGACGCCCUCGCGGCGCCGCCUCGACACACAGCGGGCCGUCAGCAUCACGGGGCUCGUGUUCCAGGACGACCGCACGCUCGUCUCCUGCGGCGAGUGCGACGGCAACAUCAAGGCGUGGGAUAUGCGCAAGAACUACAGCGCGUACACGCGGGAGCCCCUCCCGAAGCACUCGAUCCCGUACUGCGGGAGCUCCACCAAGAACGGCUACACGAACCUGAUCGUGGACGAAGCGCGCGUGCGGCUGUAUGCGAGCUGCAUGGACAACGUCAUCUACUGCUUCAACCUCUCGACGUACUCCGCGGUGCCCGAGCGGCGCUACGUCGGCCACGAGAACGGCACCUUCUACAUCAAGACGGGGCUGAGCCCGUGCUGCCGCUACCUCGUGAGCGGCAGCAGCGACAAGCACGCGUACAUCUGGAGCGUGCGCGCGGCGCGGCCGCUCGUGCGGCUGGCGGGCCACCGCGCCGAGGUGACGUGCGCCGCCUGGGCGCCCGCCCCCUGCGAGCCGCUGCUGGUCACCUGCAGCGACGACGCCAGGCACAUGGUGUGGCGCGUGGGCGCCGAGCCCGAGCUGGCGGCGCCGGCCGCGCUGCAGGGCCGCGCCGCCAGCCCGCCGCGCGCCGCCAGCCCGCCGGCGCCGCAGUGGCGGCCCGCCGACGCCACGCCCACCUCGCUCAAGCGGCGCCGCGCCGCCGCGCCCGCCGAGCGCGCGCCGCGCGGCCGCCGCUGCCUGGCCGCGCUCAUGGCCGACGAGCCGGCCGGCCCGGCCGCCAAGCGCGCGCGGCCCGCCGCCGGCAGCCCGCCCAAGCGGCGCCGCCUGCAGCCCGCGGGCGGCGCCGACGCAGAGCCGUGGCAGCGCGCGGCCCGCGACCUCCGCACGCCGCCCCGGGACGCGGCGCCGCGCGCCGUGCUGGCGCCGCUGAGCCCCAACAGGGCGCCGCCGAGCCCCGCGACGCCGCCGAGGCCCGCGACGCCGCCGAGGCCCGCGACGCCGCCCGAGUCCCCGCGCAGCCGCGUGCGGCAGUUCACGGCGGCGCUGCCGGACUACGUGCGCGACGGGUCGGCGCCGCACCUGCGGCUCAUGUCGCCGGGCAAGCGCAAGGCGGAGGCGCCGGACUGGCUGACGCUCAUGUCGCGGGAGAAGCGCGGUCGGCACGCGGAGCCGCGCCCCCCCUCGUCGGCGCCGCUCAGCCCCAAGGAGAAUGCGCCCGCCCGCCGUUCCUCUGUGUCGGAGAGGACUCCCAAGUCGAAUAAGAGAUCUGGCACUUUACUUAAGUAUUUUACUAUUAAGGAAAAAGUUUAGAUUUAAGUGUCCCUGGACCGAUUGUUUCCUAUAAUAAUGUAUUUAUUGUUAUUCAUAGAUGACGCUAUGGAUCUAGAUUUAUUGUGUCCAAAUAUUUGAAGGAUUUGAAACUUUCACUGAAUAUUUAUGAAAUUAAUUAUCAUUUUAGUUCAACACAAAUUUCGAAGGUCUUGUGGUGACAUUGAUAAUGCGUAUGUGCGUCGAUCGUGUGGGAGUAUUUCAGUUUGCAUGUAGAUUUUAAGUUAAGUUGACACUUUGGAACUUUUAUUCGAUAUGAAAUUCAUGUGUUAUGUGACCGAAUAGAGGCAUUUAUGUAGUCUUAAGCUAUCGAGAAGCGGGCCGAAUCACAAGGAAUUCUUCGGAUGCCAAUAAAACAUUAGGAGCGCUAA